AUGAGUCGAUUGUCGCCGACAGAUGCUCCAGACCUAGAACCCUCGGCUGCGCCUAGGAGACGCAGGCAUGACGAUGAGGAUGGGCCAGACGAGCCCACGCCUGCGCGCCCGAACAAGAAGCAAAAACCUCCGCCUCAACCGAGGCAAAAUACCGCCGUCUACGUAACAGGACUUCCCCUCGACGCCACGGUAGAUGAGGUGCACGAAGUGUUCUCGAGAAAGUGUGGAGUUAUAGCGGAAGAGAUUGAUAGUGGUGCACCUCGGAUCAAGAUGUACACAAAUCCAGACGGGUCCUUCAAAGGCGAUGCGCUUGUCGUAUUCUUCAAAGCUCCGAGUGUGCAGAUGGCGAUUCAGCUGCUCGAUGAUAGCUACUUUCGCUACACAACAAACGGGACUACCACUGGGCGAAUUCGCGUGCAAGAGGCAGACUCGAGCUUCAAAAAGGUCCAUUAUGACCAGGAGAGCGCAGCAGACGAAAAGACGCAGGCCAAGAAACCGCAGAAGAGCAGCAAGGACAGGCAAAAGAUCAUUAAGAAAACUCAGAAGCUUGAAGCGAAGCUGGCAGACUGGGACGACGAUGACCCCUACACAGCGCCUGGCCAGGCCGUGAGCAAGUGGGACAAGGUCGUCAUCCUCAAGCACAUGUUCACGCUGCAAGAACUCGAGGAAGACCCCACGGCGCUCCUGGAUAUCAAAGAAGAUGUACGCGACGAAUGCGAAAAGCUGGGCACCGUCACCAAUGUUGUGCUGUUCGACGAGGAAGAGGACGGCAUCGUCACGGUCAAGUUCAAGGAAGUCGAGGCAGUGGACGCAUGCAUCAAAAUGAUGCAUGGCAGAGCAUUUGAUGGGCGCACAGUUGAGGCCUAUCGGGCAACGGGCAAGGAGAAGUUCAAAAUGUCCAAGCAGGAGCAAAAUGGGGAUGAGUCCGAUUAA